AGCCGCAGUGGGGCGCAGCGAACCCGUAGGAGGGCGCGCGCCUGGGCACGCGCGGUUCCCUUCGCCCGCUCCGUCCUCCUCCUCCUUCUCCCCCCCUCCUCCUCCCGCUCUCGCGGGGCUGGAUGGGCCUCACGCACGCUGCCCAGCGGAGCAGGCGGGCUCACGGCCCCACGGGCCCCGGUAGUUCGCCUCCUCUCGGUCCAGGCAGGCGGCGAGGCCCGGGCGGGAGGAGCGCUCGGCGCCGCUGAGGGGCCCCGGCCCUCUCUCCCCGGCGGCGGCGGCGGUAGCAGUGGCAGCGGCGGCUUCUCCCCCGGUGCAAUAUGUUCAAGAGAAUGGCCGAAUUUGGGCCUGACUCCGGCGGGAGAGUGAAGGGGGUUACUAUCGUUAAACCUAUAGUUUAUGGUAAUGUUGCUCGUUAUUUUGGAAAGAAAAGAGAAGAAGAUGGUCAUACUCAUCAGUGGACGGUAUAUGUAAAGCCAUACAGGAAUGAGGAUAUGUCAGCAUAUGUGAAGAAAAUCCAGUUUAAAUUGCACGAAAGUUAUGGUAAUCCUUUAAGAGUUGUUACUAAGCCACCAUAUGAGAUUACAGAAACAGGUUGGGGUGAAUUUGAAAUAAUCAUCAAAAUAUUUUUCAUUGAUCCUAACGAAAGACCUGUAACACUUUAUCACUUAUUAAAGCUUUUUCAGUCAGACACCAAUGCAAUGCUGGGGAAAAAGACUGUGGUUUCUGAGUUCUAUGAUGAAAUGAUAUUUCAAGAUCCAACAGCAAUGAUGCAGCAGUUAUUAACAACAUCUCGCCAGCUAACCUUAGGAGCCUAUAAGCAUGAAACAGAAUUCAGAAGAGCCCUGCAAGUUAUGCCAGACCUAUCUCAGGUUAGGCUGACACUGGCUUUGCUGGAGGAACCUCCUUACCUAUUGCCAGAAGGCUUCUGUCUGACUUCUUGUGCAGUUCUGGAGUGGAAGAAGCUUUAUAUCUUUGGUUACAAUGGAAUGUUUACUGUUUAAAGUACUAUGUGCACAGUUGCUGAACUUGAAGUAAAAACCAGGGAAAAAUUAGAAGCUGCCAAGAAAAAAACAAGUUUUGAAAUUGCUGAACUUAAAGAGAGGUUAAAAGCAAGUCGUGAAACUAUCAAUUGUUUAAAAAAUGAAAUCAGGAAGCUUGAAGAAGAUGAUCAGACUAAAGAGAUAUAAAAAAAAAAUCCCACAAGGACUUAGUAGGGAAGCCACUGAAAAUCAAGUGGAUUUUGUGAAAUGGAGUAAGUGCUAUUAUGUUUCUCAAAGGAACUCCAGGCAUAGUUGUCUAUCUUAGGCUUCUUAGCAAAGACUCCAAGGAUUUGUACCUCUUAAAGAAUUUGAAUGUAAAAUCUGCAUAUGUAAUUAUAGAACGCACUGUACAGGCAUUUUGCUAAUCCACUGAGGGCAUUUCUAUGACUUCAAGCACAACCUCUUCUUUAUUAUUGUUGUUGUUUUUAAUUGCAUUGUGUAUAAAGCUUGAUAACUUCCUGUGAGAAAUUUUCACUGUAAGGUAUAGCUUUUGCACAAAUUUUAUAUUUUUUCAGAAUGUAGAAUUAGGGUUUGAAAAAAUGGACUUACCCAUUUUACUGCAUUCAGUAGGCUCAAGCCUAUUUUGUAUGUGCCACAGAGGUCACCACAGACAUGAACUUUUCCUCACCUGCAGUGAUCCCUCCAUGUGAAGCCUGUGUGGACUUAAAACAUCAAAAACUGUGGAACCACAUUGGCCACCCGUGGAUCAGUAAUGGACAUGAAGGGGCUUUUUGAAGUACAUUGAAGGACCUUGCUAAUGUAAACCGUACAGCAUCAGGGACACCUGGGAAAAUGUUCAUUCCCAGUGGACAAUGUUGAAUGUUUACUUUUUCUCACGUCCUAGGUUUUGAGGGGAGUCUUUGUAUUCUGUCUCACGGGUUAAGACAGUUAAGACGAUGCAGAAUGGCAGGAAUCUCUUCAAGGAAUUGUCACUGUGUUGGUUCCCAUUUAGGGAAUAAGGACUGCACCUGCUAUUUCAUUGGUAUUGGGAGCUCCCUGGUUAGGAAACUUCUGCCAAUGCAGGUAGGCAUCCUCUGCAAUUUAUAUCUGAGAGUUGCCUAGAGCACUGAGAGGUUAAGCAACUUGCCUAGGAUCACAGCCAGUGUGUGUCAGAGAAGGAACUUUAACUUGAGCCUUGCUAGCUCUGAGUCCAACUCUAUCCACUAGGCCAUAGUGCUUCUUAUUUAGGCAUAAUCUUGGGAAGCUGAAGAACAUAUUUCCAUGUUUGAAUAUAGUUUGUAAAUAAAUAUUUGAAGAUGAAAUAAAUCUUGAUGGGUUAAUUUAAAA